AGAAGGGGUGGUUUGCGGUGGUAAAUACCCGGCUGCAACAACACACCACACCACCGAUUGGAAAGGCCAAAAUUAAUUGUGUUUGUUUGAGCAUUACAGUCAGACAAGCGGACGAUAUGUAGUAUUAUACUCAAUGUUUAUUGAUCAGAUGUCAGUGAGUGCCAUCAUGCUGUAGAUCAGUGUGUGGCUAUAUUUGUCUGGAUUAGGGCUGUUUAACACAUUUAAACUCUUGGAAUUAGCGCUUUCACGGCGGAUCAUCGAUAGAUUAGUGUUGAUCUCGUCUCAGGAUUUUUAAGGACACUGUUUGUGUGGGUUUUACAAGAGCUCGAUUGCCAACAACAAAAGCGCUAGCACAACCGGCUAGUCAAACACUGGUGCCUUUAGUCAUUUUAUUUUUUAAAUAUGCCCGUAAUUGACAUCAGAAAUUAUUUAACGAUCUUAUUAAUUAGUUAAAUCGACAUUUCGCCUCGUAGAUGAAUUAAUUUGGUCAGUGGGUUUGAUAUUAUUAGAUUAGAUGUGUAGGUUGACAUUAGCAUUAGCCCGUUAGCAUUAGCGGCUCCUUUGUUGUGAACUGGGUCUUCUAAGACUGGUUUGUGCUUUUACAUUUCGGAAAAUUAUCGUUUUAAUUUUUUUUAAUCGGGUAUAUUCUCUCAUAAUUUAAAGAUUAAAUAAAAAGCUUUAAGCUCUCUUAAUUUGGCUACAACCCUUGCGUUUUAGUGAGAUAGAGAUAUUAAUAUAAAGGAAAUGUUGGACGGGUAGUGUUUAAUCAAUAUCAACACAAACCCAGAUUUUGUGUAAAUAAUAACGGUAGUAAAGCUACAACGUAGCACAUUUGAUCGUUUAAGAGUCAUUAUGGCCUUCACUUUGAGCUUAAAAGAGAUCUGUGUAUUAUGGACACAUCUGCUCUUCAUUGUCAUGGGAAAUGCAGAUUCUUCACAACUCAGUGAGAAUGUAUAUGUAUCAGGGAUGUCUAACGCCUGCGGAGAUGUGGCUGAGCAGAUCAGGGCGUCCAGUGGAGUGAUAACCAGCCCUGGCUGGCCCUUUGAGUACCCAUCUCGCAUCAACUGCAGCUGGAACAUAAGGGCAAAUGCUGGAGAGAUCAUCACCAUCAGUUUCCAGGACUUUGAGAUUCAGAGCUCGCACCGAUGUGGUUUGGAUUGGAUCUCCAUUGGAAACUACAAGAACCUGGAUGGGUACCGUGCAUGUGGCUCAUCCAUUCCGGCCCCAUACAUCUCUUCACAGGAUCAUGUGUGGAUCAAGUUCCACUCUGAUGACAGCAUGACUGGAAAGGGCUUCAGGCUCUCUUACAUAACAGGGAAAUCAGAGGAAGCGAGUUGCAAGUCAGAUCAAUUCCAUUGCGCUAAUGGAAAGUGUAUCCCGGAAUCGUGGAAGUGCAACACCAUGGAUGAAUGUGGGGAUAACUCAGACGAGGAGCUGUGCCUGCAGCCUAACCCCUCCGCAUUCUUCUCCUUCCAGCCCUGCGCCUUCAACCAAUUCCCCUGCCUCUCACGCUACACCCGCGUCUACACCUGCCUGCCAGAGUCCCUCAAAUGCGAUGGCAGCAUUGACUGUCAGGACCUGGGUGACGAGAUUGACUGUGAUGUGCCCUCCUGUGGAGAGUGGCUGCGCAACUUCUAUGGCACUUUCAGUUCACCCAACUAUCCUGACUUCUAUCCCCCUGGUAGUAAUUGCACCUGGCUGAUUGAUACCGGUGACCACCGAAAGGUUAUCCUGCGCUUUAUGGACUUUAAGUUAGAUGGCACAGGCUAUGGCGACUAUGUUAAAGUCUACGAUGGGUUGGAGGAGAACCCCAGGCGUCUGUUACGUGUGCUGACGGCCUUUGACUCUCGGGCCCCCGUUGCAGUAGUUUCAUCAUCAGGACAGCUUAGGAUCCAUUUUUACGCAGACAAAAUCAACGCGGCUCGCGGCUUUAAUGUUACUUAUCAAGUAGACGGUUUCUGCCUACCAUGGGAAAUCCCAUGUGGAGGGAACUGGGGCUGCUACACCGAGCAACAGCGCUGUGACGGCUACUGGCACUGCCCCAAUGGCCGGGAUGAGCUCAACUGCAGCAACUGCCAGGAGGAUGAGUUCCCGUGCUCACGAAAUGGCGCUUGUUACCCACACUCUGACCGCUGCAACUACCAGAACCGCUGUCCGAAUGGCUCGGACGAGAAGAAUUGCUUUUUCUGUCAGCCUGGGAACUUCCACUGCAAGAACAACCGCUGUGUGUUUGAAAGCUGGGUGUGUGAUGCACAAGAUGACUGUGGGGAUGGAAGCGAUGAGGAGAGCUGCCCGGUAAUCAUACCCACAAGAGUCAUCACUGCUGCUGUAAUUGGUAGUCUAAUUUGCGGCCUGCUUCUGGUGAUUGCUCUAGGCUGCACCUGCAAACUGUACUCACUCAGGAUGUUUGAGCGCAGGUCAUUUGAGACCCAGCUCUCCAGAGUGGAAGCUGAGUUACUGAGAAGAGAAGCUCCUCCCUCUUACGGACAGCUAAUUGCUCAGGGCCUGAUCCCCCCAGUGGAAGAUUUUCCUGUCUGCUCUGGAAAUCAGGCAUCUGUUUUAGAAAACCUCCGACUGGCAGUCCGUUCUCAACUGGGCUUCACCUCAAUCCGACUCCCCACCACGGGCCGCCACGGUAACAUCUGGAGACGCUUGUUCAAUUUUACACGUUCACGGCGGUCUGGUUCUUUAGCCCUGGUUUCUGCGGACACUGAAGUGGGACCUGCUGGUAGCGGUACAGCACUGGAGCCAGAGCGACUCUGCUCUCACCGCGGACUCCUGCCCCUGGACUCCGACGACACCGAUAACGAGAGCGAGCACCAUCCCCGCAGGGAUGUCCCUGGAGCUGUUGGGGGCCUAAUGGCCCCGCUUCCACAAAAAACUCUCCCUACUACAGCGGUGGAAGCCAUCGUGUCUGUCUCUGCCAGCUCAGUUCCACUUGUCAGUCGUGAGAACAGUAUCUCUGACAGUAUCUCAGAAAGUUCGGGAGUGAACGGACCUUUGUGUACCUCCGUCUCUACUGUGAGGAGCCCCUUCAGCAGUGCUCUUAGCCGGGUCAGCCGCAGCCUCCGCUGGAUUCGCUUCACAUUGGGUCGCUCUGGGGAUGGUGGAUCGAGCAGCAUAGGGCAGAAUCACAGCCCGCUGCGUCAGCUGGAACAGGGAAGUGCAACCUGCACUGGUGUCGGCAUCAGGGGUGAGGAAGAGGAUGACGUGGAGCUCCUUAUUCCCGUCUCAGACGCUGGAUCUCUGGACAGUGAUGAGAUUUCCAGACCCCUGCUGGAACCAGGCCUGGAGCAAGUCUUGGGGCCCCACCUGGUGUCUGCAGCGGUCUCUUUGAGAGGGCGGCUGGUGGGCAGGGACGGCCCCUGUGAACACUGUGGAAUAGUCCACACAGCGAGGAUCCCUGAUGCUUGUCUAGAGGCAACGGCGAAAACAGAAACAAGUGAUGACGAGUCUUUGCUGCUCUGUUAAGACUCUUGAGGAACUCCCUGACUUGGUACGUGACCCAUAUGACUCUGAAACGCUCCCCUGCUCACAGCUCGCCAUUUCUUUCGUCCCCUCUAGUGGAGCGGAGGUUGAAUGUCUUUAGACGUGUGUACUCUUGAGAGCUUUAGAGUUCAGGUACUUUUAAAGACCGCUCUGUAUGUGUCAUACAGAAGAGUACAAGAGCUCCCUGGUCCCCCCCACUGUGCAAUAUUAGUUUUCGUUGAGAUGUUUACCAGGUAAAAGUCUAUUUUUCUGAAGUCAAAUUAAGGUCACAUUGUGCAGAGAGCGAGCCACUCUACAGUUCUUAAGCCGUGAAAGCAGCGCAAAAAAUAUCUAUCCUGCACGGUGUGGAACAAAGAUAGACUGAACACUUCGACCGCUGCCAGAGAUAUUACCUUACCUUUAAGUUAUUUGUCAUUUGAUGUCAGACAUUUCUGUUGCAUUUGAAAUAAUAUUCACCCAAAAAUUAAGAUUUUGUCAUUUAUUCACCCUCAUGUCACUCUUUCAUCGAACACAGUGGUUGAAAUUUCAGCGGCUCUUUUUUUUACAGUAAAGUCAUAAAGUGACCAGGACCUUUCAAGCUUCUAAAAGCGCAAAAAAGGACCAAAAAAUUAUUGCUUUGUGUGAGGAACAGAUAGAAAUUUAAGUAGCCUAUUAUCAUUAUUAACUUUCAAAUCUCAUUUGUGUUGGCGUACAUUCAAGAAUGGCAUGUUAUUCUGUGUUCAGUUCAAGUAAAAGCUCAAUCAAUAGCAUUUGUGGCAUAAUGUUGAUUUCCACAAAAAAUAUUACGAAGCAUCCCUCUAAAAAUUCUAAAUUGCGUUUACCGUAAGGCACUUCUAAAGGAAGCUAAUGGGGCCAGACUGUAAACACUAAAAUACACUUUGUUUCAAAAGAAUAGCAACAAGAUGUAAACAUUAUACCUGUUAACAUGAUUUUAGUGUAAUUAAAAUGGCUUACGCAAUUUAUCUGUGUUAUAUACAAUAUUACAACUUUGUUGCCAUGACACCGGGAACCUGUAAUCCCGGUUUUGGAUAUAACUUAGUUCAUGUGAACACGUAUAACGUUUGUCUUUUGGCUAUACUUUUGAAGUCCCAUUUAAUUCCAUUGUAAAUCCCUUAAUGUAUAUAUAUAUUUUUUUUUUAAGAAACGAGGGAUGAGCCAGAAUUACUUUUGUAGUAACGUUAUGCCACUAUUGCUGUUAAUGGAGCAUAACUUGUUUUAAACCGGGAAUUUUACUUUUUAAGAUUUUGCAAAAGGUUUGACAUCAGUAAUAUGACACAUCAUUGGUUCUUGCUUGUCAACGAUCAGCAUUAACAUCACACUUUUAUAAUUUUAUUUCUGGACACACCAUUUUUGAAUGUAAGAAAACAUAAACAACAUAACACAUAAGAUUUGAGAGCUGUGCUGCCCUACAAAGGAAAAAUCCAGUAACUACACCAACACUGAAAUUGGCUUCAAGGUAUUUCGCUUUUAGUGUACAUUUUGUAAUUAGUGCAGCUUUCACAUACGAUUUUCUGAGCAUAGUUGAGCCAAAUCUGCCUGUAAAGGGACAGAUCGUUGUCUUAGAGCCCCAAUUUUGGUCAUAACUACAUUUUGACAAAAUAUGCACAGAUGGACUACUUUUUGGCACAUGGUAAUCAUUUUUGGAGCUGAACAGCUAUUGCCCCCGUUCCCUUUCUUUGUGUGCAAAAGAGCAGCUUGGACAUUCUGCAAAACAUCUUUUGUGUUCCACAGAAAAUAAGGUAAUUAAGUCAUACAAUGUCAACGAAAUGAGAGUGAGUAGAUGACAGAAUAUUAACUUUUGGGUGAACCGAUCCUUUAAACUUCUAGCAAAAAGUGGAAGAUCACAUAAAAUAAAAAAAUUGUACAUUUGUUGAACUUAAUGUUAGUUUGGUCCCUGCUAGAGUGGUUGUUGGUUUGUUACACACGAUUGUGGCCGAGGGACAUUUAUUUUAAACAGAGUAUAAUCUGAGAGGGAGCUAAUAUUUUUAAAGAAAAAAUUAUGUAUUGUAUUACAGCCACUUUUGUUUGUUGUAUUUAUUGUUUUGUUACCAAUAACUCUUUGGUAACCAUAAUGUUUUGGUACUGAGAAUUCUUGUGUGAGUGUGUAUAUUUAUUAUUGGUUUUCAUUUCAAUAGCGUUUACUUGAAAAGCAUGUCCAGUUGUCUUGUGCUUAUUUUGUUUUUUCAUUUCAUAAUGCAGUGUUAAUAUAUCUAUACACACAUGCACAAACACACAAAUAUAUGUGUAUAUAUA